AGGGUGGGUGCUGGGGUGGAGGCUUUGGAUUAAUGCUCUAGGUGAGAGCAUGAAGCUCUGUUUUGUCCAUCGGUUCUCGUCCGACCGUGAAGGCCAAGGAAGGCACCAGACCUGUUGCUGUCGUGAUGGAGCAACAAACUAGUAACCCUACUAAGGAAAAAGGCAAAGAGGAAGAUAACGUUGCGUGUCUUUGUCCAGCAAAAUCCUCCCCCAGUUAUAUUAAUCUUCCAGCAAAUUACACACCAGCUAAUUUCUUGACCAUCCAGACAAAGCUGCCUUCAGCCCCACUUCCUUCAGGAGCUGGUCAGAAGCCCAAGGAAUGCCUAGGACUCCUCGAGUGCAUGUACGCCAACCUCCAGCUCCAGACCCAGCUUGCUCAACGACAGAUAGCUAUUUUGGAAAACUUGCAGGCAUCUCUCUCACAGCCAGGUUCUGGGAGGGAGAGCAAGAACUGCUCGCUCCCUGGCUUAUGUUGCAAACUGCUGUUAAAUCACCUGCCCCAGUUCCAUAAAUGA